AUGAUUGGUCUGACUGUUCUCAUGCUCCUGGGUGCUGCAGCUGCAGCCCCUAUGGAUGACAGGAUUGUAGGUGGCUACCAGUGUGAUGCCCACUCCCAACCCUGGCAGGCGUCUAUCAACAUCGGCUACCACUUCUGCGGUGGCUCCCUUAUCAAUGACCAGUGGAUCGUCUCUGCUGCCCACUGCUGGCAAAAGUUUAUUGCCAUCUUGGGUGACAAUCACAUCUGGGUGAACGAGGGCACGGAGCAGUUCAUGUCCGUGGACGCCAUCUACUGGCAUGAGAGUUACGACUACCAGACUCUGGACUUCGACAUCAUGAUGCUGAAGCUGGCACAUCCCGUCACCAUCAACGACUACGUCCAGCCAGUGGCCCUGCCCAAAGCCUGCCCCACACCUGGGGACAUGUGCAUGGUGUCUGGAUGGGGAAACAUCUACACUGAUCAAGUGUUCAACCCAUUUUACCUUCAGUGUGUGGAAGUCCCCAUUCUGUCUGACGCGGACUGUGAAGGCUCCUACCCUGGACAGAUCACUGACCGCAUGGUGUGUGCUGGAUACCUGGAGGGAGGCAAGGAUGCUUGUCAGGGUGACUCUGGUGGUCCUCUGGUGUGUAACGGGGAGCUGCAGGGCAUCGUCUCUUGGGGCUAUGGCUGCGCUCAGCCUAACGCCCCGGGCGUUUACACCAAAGUCUGCUCUCUGAUGCCCUGGAUCGAAAAUGUUCUCUCCAGUUACAGCUAG